AUGUCUGUGCCUACGGUCAAGCUCAACAGCGGGCAUACCAUGCCCUUAGUCGGCUUUGGCCUGUGGAAAGUCAACAAUGACACUUGUGCCGACCAAGUUUAUAACGCCAUCAAGACCGGUUAUCGUCUUUUCGACGGUGCGUGCGAUUAUGGAAAUGAAAAGGAGUGUGGACAAGGCGUCUCGCGUGCCAUCAAAGAAGGCUUGGUCAAGCGUGAGGAGCUCUUCAUUGUCUCUAAGCUGUGGAACUCCUUCCACGAUAGCGACAAGGUUGCGCCCACCUGCAAGAAACAACUCUCGGACUGGCAGGUGGAUUACUUUGACUUGUUCCUCAUCCACUUCCCCGUCUCGUUGAAGUACGUUGACCCUUCGGUGCGGUAUCCGCCAGGAUGGGAAGACGAGAGCGGCAAGACCAUCACCUUCGGAAAUACUUCCAUUCAAGAGACCUGGCAAGCGAUGGAGAAGCUCGAGGAAAGUGGCCUCGCGAAGUCGAUUGGCAUCUCCAACUUCUCAGCCCAGCUGGUCUUUGAUCUCUUGCGCUAUGCUCGCAUCAAGCCUGCCACACUCCAGAUCGAACACCACCCCUACCUCCAGCAGUCCGGUCUCGUCAAGCUCGCCAAGGAGGCAGACAUUACCGUGACGGCCUAUUCAUCCUUUGGCCCCACCGGCUUCAUCGAGCUCGACAUGAAAGAGGCUGAAGGCGCACCGUCUCUUCUCGGAUCUGACGACGUCAAAAAGAUUGCUCAGAAGCACGGUAAGACCGAGGCGCAGGUGUUGUUGCGCUGGGCUACCCAGAGAGGCCUUGCUGUGAUCCCCAAGUCCAACAACCCUGAGCGCCUGGCACAGAAUCUGGACUGCAGCUCUUUCGACCUGGACCAGAGCGACCUGGACUAUUUCGCAGGUCUGGAUAAGGGUCUCCGAUUCAACGACCCGCGGAACUACGGCAUGAACAUUCCCAUCUUCGCCUAG